AUGAAGAAAACUAAUGCAGUUCUGAAGGCCUGGAACAAGGAUGUAUUUGGCAACAUCUUCAGCAACAUCAAACAAGUAGAAGAAUCCAUGAACCUAAGGGCUAGGAACAAGUGGAUUCAAGAAGGCGACAAAAAUACAAAAUACUUUCACUCCAUAGCAAAUGAAAAGAGAAGGAAAGCCUUCAUCAGCGAAAUAGAGUCCCAAAAUGGAGAUCGCAUAACAGAUCAAGCAGAAAUGAAAGAAGAGGUGAUCCUAUUCUUCUCUAAACUCUUCUCAACUGAAACCAUUGACCCUCUUGGAGACUUCAUCAGCCCCAUUCCUGAAGCAGUGUCACCAGAAGACAACUCUGCUCUUCUAGUAGAGACUACGAUUGAAGAAGUCAAAAGAGCAGUGGCAGACAUUCUGGUAGAUGGCGCCCUAAGUCCAGAUGAAUUCUCAGGGACAUUCUUUUCCUCCAGUUGGGAGAUAGUGGGCCAAGACUUGCUGAACGCAGUCAUGUUUCUCUUCAAUGGUGUUAGGCUCAACCUCUUGUUGCCUAAGCUAAUUUCUAGGGAGCAAUUGACCUUUGUCCAAGGCAGGUCUAUUUCGGAAAGCAUCGCAUUGGCUCAGGAACUUCUUCAUGAAAUUAACAAAAAGGUUCGGGAGAGUAACAACAUCAUGAAAAUCGACUUUGAGAAGGCGUACGACAGGGUGGACUGGGCUUUUCUGAAAUCAGUGUUACAACAGUUUGGAUUCAGUUACCAAUGGAUCAAUUUGGUUUAG